GACGUUGAUUUCAGCUUUAAGACCAAUCAUACCUUUCUCAGUUAAGCAGGGCCUCGACGAGUAGUCGAAGCCACAGUCCGGCCAUUUUUCGCCCUUAAACCGAAGCUAUUCAAAUAAUAUAUCUCCACCAUGGGAUUUAUUAAAGUGAUCAAGAACAAGGCUUAUUUCAAGCGGUUUCAAGUCAAGUUCCGCAGGCGUCGUGAGGGAAAGACCGAUUACUAUGCCCGCCGUCGUCUUGUAGUUCAGGACAAGAACAAGUACAACACCCCUAAGUACCGCAUGAUUGUUCGAUUCACCAACAAAGACAUUUGUUGUCAGAUAGCGUACGCUCGUAUUGAAGGAGACGUGAUUGUUUGUGCUGCAUACAGUCAUGAACUUCCUCACUACGGUGUCAAGGUUGGGUUGACUAACUAUGCUGCUGCAUACUGUACUGGACUUUUGCUCGCAAGAAGACUGUUGAAGAAGUUCAAAUUGGACACCAUCUACCAAGGCUGCACUGAAGUUACUGGAGGAGUCUUCAAUGUUGAAGAUGUUGACGAUGGACCAGGUGCAUUCCGCGCUUGCCUCGAUGUCGGUUUGGCCCGCACCACCACCGGUGCUCGCAUCUUUGGCGCCAUGAAGGGAGCCGUCGAUGGUGGAAUUGACGUUCCUCACAGCACCAAGCGUUUCCCCGGCUACGAUUCCGAAUCCAAGGAUUUCAACGCCGAAGUUCACCGUAAGCACAUCAUGGGUGCCCAUGUUGCUGACUACAUGCGUCAAUUGGUGGAUGAAGAUGAAGAAGCUUACAAGAAGCAAUUCUCUCAGUUCAUCAAGCAUGGCAUUGUUGCCGAUACCGUCGAGACCAUGUACAAGAAGGCCCAUGAAGCUAUCCGAGCUGACCCCGAGAAGCAGAAGUCCAGCAAGGAUCCAUCCAAGAUCAAGAAGAAGCGCUGGAACGCCAAGAGGCUCACCCUGGAAGAGCGCAAGGCUCGUGUUGCCACCAAGAAGAGGGAAUUCCUCUCCAAACUGGAGGCUUCUGCCGAAGCCGACGACGAAUAGAUUAUUCGACUUCGUUUGUCUGUUUCUCUGUACUCUACGAUCCAAUAAAUCGGAGGAUUGCAGCCCUGAA